AUGGCAGCCCGGGUGGAGACCCCGGAGGCGCGAGGCUUCCGGGAAGUGCGGGCCGUGCGCUUCACCCCGGGGGCCGAGGUGGAGGUGGGGGGCGCGGUGGAGCCCGAGGAGGACGAGGAAGACGAGGACGAGGAGGCGGCGGCGGCGCGGAGAGCGCGCACGUUCGCCCGAGACCCGCGGGUGCGCUUCCUGGGCGGCCGCGUGCGGCACCUGCUGGGGGUGCGGGAGGAGACGUGGCAGCAGCACCUGGAGAGCGAGCACCGCCGGCAGGUGCUGGGCCACUUUCUGGGGAGCGGCAGUCCCGCUUGCCUGGUGUUCGGCGUCGCCACCUCGGGACGACUCGAGGCCUCCUGGGAGAUUCCAAGAGAUGCAAAACACAAACUUGUUUAUGUUGCCAAGAAGAUGACUGAAGAGAGCACCGGAGCUGAUGACUUUUCUCACAUGCUUUUAUUUGGAGAGCUACCUGCUUCACCUCUUAGACAUGUAAUCACUUUCCUGGAUGAGAUCUUAGUGCCAAUUCUUUCUAAUAAGAACAACCAUAAAUCCUGGUCCUGUUUCACUUCACAAGAUAUGGAACAUCACCUUGAAAUUGUGAAAAACAAGAUGCACAUUUUUAGGGGCAAGAUGUCUAGAAGAACCCUUCUACCAAUUCCUACUGUUGCAGAGAAUAUUGACCUGGAGCAGAAUUAUUCAGAGACCAAGCUGCCAUCAAACGAGAGGCGAAUACUGCAUGCAAUUGAAUCUGUAGUUAUUAAAUGGUCACAUCAAAUUCAAGAAAUUAUAGAAAGGGAUUCAGUGCAGCCUUUCACAGAUGGUCUUCACUUGAUGCCUUCAUAUGAGUUGGAUUUCUGGACAAUGAGGAAAGAGAAUCUAUCCAGCACUUACAAUCAUCUUCAAACUCCAAUUGUGCUCAAGAUGGUUAAGAUCCUGAGAACAAAACAAAGCAGCUAUUUUCCUACUUUGAAGGGUAUUUUUGUGACUGUGGAAAAUGCUCUCCUUGAAGCCCAAGACGUGGAACUGCACCUGCGACCCUUAAGAAGGCACAUUCAAGAUCUCCAGGAAAAGGAAUUCCCACAGACCCACGUUUUAAUCACUCCAUUGUUUCAUACCAUCUGUCUUAUCUGGAGCCACUCCAAGUUUUAUAAUACCCCUGCUCGGAUUAUAGUCUUAUUACAAGAGUUUUGUAAUCUCUUCAUUGACCAGACAAUUGCUUACCUGUCACCAGAGGACCUUUUAAAGGGAGAAAUCGAAGACUCGCUGGAAAAAGUGCAGGUGGCCAUUAACAUCUUAAAGACUUUCAAAAAUUCUUUCUUCAAGUAUAGAAAAGGAUUGGCAAGCUAUUUCACAGGAAAUACAGAGAUGAGACUCUGGGAUUUUCAGUCUGAUCUGGUGUUCUGCAGAUUUGACAAGUUUCUUGAUCGCAUAAUGAAAAUAGAGGAUGUAUUUGUCACCAUAUUGGAGUUUGAGAAGUUGGAGCGAUUGGAGUUUGGUGGUGCCAAGGGAACAAUUUUAAAUGAGCAAAUCCAGAAGAUGAGUGAAGAACUUACGGAAUUCUGUGAAGUUUUUAAACAGAGCAUUUAUGACCCAUGUGACUUGGAGAACACGGAGUUUGAAAGUGAUUAUGUCUCAUUUAAGUCCAAAACUUUGGAUUUUGACAGAAGGCUGGGGACGCUCCUUUGUGAAGGUUUCUGUCAUUGUGGUGGUUUGGAAGCGGCAUUGAAGCUUUUAACCAUAUUUGGGAACUUUCUAGAGAAGCCAGUUAUCAUGGAAAUUUUCAGCCCCCAUUAUAGCACAUUAGUGAGCAUGUUUAAUACAGAGCUGGAUAUGUGUAAGCAAUUGUGUAAUGAACAUAUGAAACAGAUUGAACAUGGAUAUGUAGUCCUUAACAAGAAUAUGCCUUUUACUUCUGGAAAUAUCAAGUGGGCCCGAGAGAUCCUUGACCGCCUUCACAUGUUUUGGUCAAACUUUACAUCUCUCCGUUAUCUAUUCUUGGAAAACCCUGAUGAAGCUGUGAUUUGUCAGAAAUAUGUUGAGAUGACAACUCUGCUAGACCAAUUUGAAAGCCAUAUCUAUAAUGAAUGGAAAAGUCACGUGGAUGAAACCUGUGCAUUUAGCUUGAAUCAACCUUUGAUUAAAUUUGGCGCCAUAAAUGGUCUUCUUACUGUCAAUUUUGACCCAAAGCUUGUGGCUGUCCUGAGAGAAGUGAAAUAUCUUUUGAUGUUGAAGAAAUCUGACAUACCAGAUUCAGCUUUAGCCAUCUUUCAAAAAAGGAACACUAUUUUAAAGUACAUUGGGAAACUUGAGCUUCUUGUGCAUGGGUACAACAAGCUGAAACAGACUCUUUUGGAAGUGGAGUACCCUCUGAUUGAAGCUGAGCUGGGAGCUAUUGAUGAGCAACUCCAGGCUGCUGCGAAGUGGCUGACAUGGCAGGACGACUGCUGGGCCUAUGUGGAGAGGGUGCAGGUGGCCACGGCUGAGCUGGAGCGUCGAGUGGUGCUCACGCAGCACAAUGUGCAGGCCCUCCAGCAGAUGAUGCGGGCGUGGGCCGAAUGUCCACUCCUGCCCAGGAGAGAGCACAGGAGGGAGAUGGCCUUGGCUUUGGAGGACAAGGGUGAUCUGUUUGCUAAAAAGUACAAGUUAAUCCAAGAGGAUGGCCGCAAGAUACACAAUUUAGUAGAGGAAAACAGGAAGCUCCUCAAAGCUGAUCCUUCUCUAGACACCUGGAAAAUUUAUGUAGAGUUCAUUGACGACAUGGUAGUGGAGGGCUUUUUUCAGGCUAUCCUGCAUGACUUAGACUUCUUCCUGAUGAACACAGAGAAGCAAUCAAAACCUGCACCAUUUUUUCAAGCACAAAUGAUCUUAAUGCCUCCUGAGAUAGUGUUCAAACCUCCAAUGGAAAGAGAGGCGGGGGAUGGCUUCUAUGAUCUGGUAGAAGAAAUGCUGUGCAGUAGCUUUAGAAUGUCUGCCCAGAUGGAGCGAGUGGCGGCUCAUCUAGAAAUAGCCAACUACCAGAAUGAUAUGGAUAACAUGUUGGGCCUGGCAGAGGUCAGGCAGGAGAUCAUGAACAGAGUGGCAGAUGUCAUCAACAAAGUCUUGGACUUCAGGAACUCCCUGGAGACCUACGCGUACCUCUGGGUGGAUGACCGAGCGGAGUUUCUGAAGCACUUUCUCCUGUAUGGUCAUUCGGUAUCACCUGAGGAGGUAGAUGCCCGUGCCACUGAAGAAAUCCCUGAGCAACCACCAACUCUUGAACAAUUCAAAGAACAGAUCGACAUUUAUGAGGCCUUGUAUGUUCAGAUGAGCAAGUUUGAUAACUUCCGAGUGUUUAAUAGUUGGUUCAAGGUGGACAUGAAACCUUUUAAAUUGAGCUUGCUAAACGUGAUUAAAAAAUGGAGCUGGAUGUUCCAGGAGCAUCUUCAGAGAUUUGUCAUUGACAGUCUGAAUGAGCUACAAGAAUUUAUAAAAGAUACAGUUGCUGGACUUCAGAAAGAACCAAAUAAAGGGGACCAUGAUGGCUUAGUUGACAUUAUGGGGCAUCUUCUGGCUGUGAGAAGCCGACAGAGAGCCACUGAUGAGCUUUUUGAACCUCUAAAAGAAACUAUCACACUCCUGGAAAGCUAUGGGCAGAAGAUGCCUGAGCAAGUCUACAUGCAGCUGGAGGAAUUACCAGAGCAAUGGGAAACAACCAAAAAAAUUGCAUCAACUGUCAGACAUGAGGUUUCACCUCUCCAAAAUGCCGAAGUCACUCUUCUAAGGAAAAAAUGUCUUUGGUUUGAUGAAAAGCAAGUAGAAUUCAGAGACAGAUUCAGAAGCUAUGCCCCUCUUGGUUUUUGUGCGGAAAACCCAUACACUGUGCUGGAUAAGGCAAACCAGGAGCUGGAGGCAUUAGAGGAAGAGAUGAGUCAGAUGCAGGACUCCACUCGCCUCUUCGAAGUGGCUCUUCCAGACUACAAGCAAAUGAGACAGUGUCGCAGAGAAAUAUGCUUACUCAAGGGCCUCUGGGAUGUCAUUGUUUACGCUAGAAGCAGCAUUGAUAAUUGGACUAAAACCCAGUGGAGGCAGAUUAAUGUGGAACAGAUGGAUGUGGAACUCAGAAGGUUUGCCAAGGAAAUGUGGUCUCUGGACAAGGCAGUCCGUGCCUGGGAUGCUUAUGCAGGCCUAGAAGGCAUGGUGAAGGACAUGAUGACCUCCCUGAGAGCUGUCUCGGAGCUACAGAGCCCCGCCCUCAGGGACCGGCAUUGGCAGCAGCUGAUGAAAGCCAUUGGGGUCACAGUUUCAAUCGGCGAAGCCACAACCUUGGCAGAUCUGCUGGCGUUGCAGUUACACCGUGUGGAAGAUGAUGUCCGCAACAUGGUAGACAAAGCAGUGAAGGAGCUGGGAACUGAGAAGGUUAUUACUGAAAUCAUCCAGACCUGGGCAACCAUGGAGUUUUCUUAUGAAGUUCACUAUCGAACAGACAUUCCACUACUGAAGUUUGAUGAACAACUUUUUGAAGUUCUAGAGCAUAACCAAGUUCAGUUGCAGACUCUUCUUCAAAGCAAGUAUGUUGAGUAUUUCAUUGAGCAAGUCUUAAACUGGCAAAAUAAGUUAAACAUAGCUGACUUGGUCAUCUUUACUUGGAUGGAAGUCCAGCGAACUUGGUCCCACCUGGAAAGCAUUUUUUUUUGUUCAGAAGAUAUUCGAAUCCAGCUUGUAGAAGAUGCCAGAAGAUUUGAUGGAGUAGAUGCUGAAUUUAAGGAGUUAAUGUUCAAGACAGCCAAAAUAAAAAAUGUUUUAGAAGUAACAUGCAGACCCCAUCUUUAUGAAAAGCUUAAAGAUUUACAGUACAGGCUUUCGCUCUGUGAAAAGGCUCUGGCGGAAUACCUAGAGACCAAGCGUGUAGCUUUUCCUCGCUUCUACUUCAUUUCCUCCAUGGACUUACUUGACAUUCUCUCCAAGGGAGCUCAGCCUAAGCAGGUAACACGCCAUCUUGCCAAACUCUUCGACAGCAUGACAGACUUGCAGUUCAGAGAUAAUCAGGAUGACUCUGCACACCGAGCAGUUGGAAUGUAUAGCAAAGAAAAGGAGUAUGUCCCAUUCUCUGUGGAGUGUGAUUGCACGGGCCAUGUGGAAAUUUGGCUUCUACAACUUGAACAGACAAUGCAAGAAACAGUGCGCCAGGCUAUCACAGGAGCCAUAGCAGCCUAUGAAGAAAAACCUAGGGAGCUGUGGAUUUUUGAUUUCCCAGCCCAAGUUGCACUAACAGGCUCACAAAUAUGGUGGACAACCGAUGUAGGAAUUGCCUUUAGUCGGCUGGAAGAAGGCUAUGAAACAGCCCUAAAGGAUUUCCACAAAAAACAGAUUUCUCAGUUGAACACACUGAUAACACUUUUGCUUGGAGAACUUCCACCUGGAGACAGGCAGAAGGUUAUGACGAUCUGCACCAUAGAUGUCCAUGCCAGAGAUGUUGUAGCAAAACUUAUUGCUCAGAAGGUUUGCAGUCCCCAAGCUUUUGCUUGGCUGUCCCAACUUCGUCACCAGUGGGAGGACUCCCAGAAACACUGUGUUGUUAAUAUUUGUGAUGCCCGGUUCCAGUACUUCUACGAAUACUUAGGAAACAGUCCCCGACUGGUGAUCACUCCUCUAACAGACAGGUGUUAUAUAACUUUAACUCAAUCACUGCAUCUGACUAUGAGUGGAGCUCCUGCAGGCCCCGCUGGUACUGGGAAGACAGAAACCACCAAAGAUCUUGGACGAGCCCUUGGUAUGAUGGUUUACGUGUUCAACUGUUCUGAGCAAAUGGACUACAAGUCUAUAGGAAAUAUCUACAAGGGGUUGGUGCAGACUGGAGCAUGGGGCUGCUUCGAUGAAUUCAAUCGCAUUGCCGUGGAGGUUCUGUCUGUGGUUGCCGUCCAAGUGAAAAUGAUUCACGACGCCAUCAGAAACAGGAAAGAGGAAUUUGUGUUCCUUGGAGAAACAAUCAGGCUGAAGCCAUCAGUUGGAAUAUUUAUUACCAUGAACCCAGGAUAUGCUGGUCGAACGGAAUUACCAGAGAACCUCAAAGCUCUUUUCAGACCCUGUGCUAUGGUAGCGCCCGACACUGAGCUGAUCUGUGAAAUCAUGUUAGUGGCUGAAGGUUUUGUGGACGCGCGCUCAUUAGCCCGAAAGUUCAUUUCAUUGUACACUCUCUGCAAGGAGCUCUUGUCUAAGCAGGAUCAUUACGAUUGGGGACUUCGUGCUAUUAAGUCUGUCUUGGUGGUAGCUGGAUCCCUGAAGCGAGGAGAUAAAAAUAGACCUGAGGAUCAGGUCCUCAUGCGAGCAUUAAGGGACUUCAAUAUGCCCAAGAUAGUGACGGAUGAUGUCCCAGUGUUUCUGGGCCUGGUGGCUGACCUGUUCCCAGCCCUGGAGGUGCCCAGACAGAGGAAGCCACACUUUGAACAGAUGGUCAGGCAAUCCACCCUGGAGCUCCGCCUGCAGCCGGAGGAGAGCUUUGUCCUCAAAGUUGUCCAGCUUGACGAACUGUUGGCCGUUCGACACUCUGUCUUUGUGGUUGGAAAUGCAGGCACGGGGAAAAGUAAGAUUCUACGAACACUCAGCAGAACCUAUGUGAACAUGAAGCAGAAGCCAGUUUGGAAUGACUUAAACCCCAAAGCUGUGACUGCUGACGAACUCUUUGGGGUUAUACAUCAUGCCACCCGAGAAUGGAAAGAUGGCAAAAUCACACACUCAACGCCAGCAUGGUGCACUCUUUACUUUGUAGGUCUCUUUUCCUUCAUCCUGCGAGAGCAAGCGAAUCUCCUGCAUGAUGGGCCCAAGUGGAUAGUUCUGGAUGGAGACAUUGACCCUAUGUGGAUUGAGUCUCUGAACACUGUCAUGGAUGAUAACAAGGUGCUGACCCUGGCCAGCAAUGAGCGCGUGGCCCUCACGCCUUCCAUGCGGCUGCUGUUUGAGAUCCACCAUCUGCGGACUGCCACCCCGGCCACCGUCUCCAGAGCGGGGAUUCUCUACGUGAACCCACAAGAUCUGGGCUGGAAUCCGUAUGUGGCCAGCUGGAUAGACAGGAGGCGGCACCAGUCAGAAAAGGCCAACUUAACCAUUCUUUUUGAUAAAUACAUCCCUGCAUGCUUGGAUAAGCUGAGAAGCAGCUUCAAGGCCAUCACCGCAGUUCCAGAGAGCAGCCUGCUGCAGACUAUUUGUGCACUUUUGGAAUGUCUAUUGACUCCUGAAAAUGUCCCUCCUGACAGCCCGAAGGAGGUAUACGAAGCCUACUUUGUCUUCACCUGUGUCUGGGCAUUCGGAGGUGUACUGCCCCAGGAUCAGCUCUUCAGUUGCCAAGCUGACUUCAGUCGAUGGUGGCAUAAAGAGAUGAAAGCAGUAAAGUUUCCAUCCCAGGGAACCAUCUUUGAUUACUAUCUGGACCACAAGACCAAGAAAUUCUUGCCUUGGGCUGACAAAGUUCCCCAGUUCUCUAUGGAUGUGGACGCACCUCUACAGACUGUUCUGGUUCACACAGCAGAGACAACUCGUCUUAGGUACUUCACCGAGUUGUUGCUUAAAAAAGGAAAACCGCUCAUGCUAGUGGGAAAUGCAGGAGUUGGAAAAACAGCAUUUGUGAGUGACACUCUGGCAAGUCUCUCUGAGGAUUACAUAGUGUCCCGGGUGCCUUUCAACUACUACACGACAUCCGCAGCCUUGCAGAGAAUCCUUGAGAAACCUCUAGAGAAAAAAGCUGGUCGGAAUUAUGGUCCAGCAGGGAAGAAAAAACUGAUUUAUUUCAUUGAUGACAUGAACAUGCCUGAAGUGGACUUCUAUGGCACUGCCCAGCCUCACACUCUGAUUCGACAGCACAUUGAUUAUGGACACUGGUAUGAUAGACAGAAGGUGAUGCUUAAAGAAAUCCACAACUGCCAGUAUGUGGCCUGCAUGAACCCCAUGGUUGGCAGCUUCACAAUCAACCCGAGGCUGCAGAGACAUUUCACAGUGUUUGCAUUCAACUUUCCCUCUGGGGAUGCGCUAACCACCAUCUACAGCCACAUCUUUAGCUUCCAUUUGCAGCAGCAAGCGUUUGGUCCAUCAGUUCUCAGAAGCGGCCCCUCUUUGGUCCAGGCAACAAUAGCAAUCCAUCAGAUGAUGACAAAGAACUUUUUACCAACAGCCAUUAAGUUCCACUACAUCUUUAACCUAAGAGACCUGUCAAGCAUCUUCCAGGGGAUUCUGUUUGCAUCUCCUGAGUGCUUAAAAGGUCCCAGCGACUUAGUGCACCUGUGGCUUCAUGAGUGCUGCCGUGUUUAUGGAGAUAAAUUGGUAGAUACAAAGGAUUGUGACUUGUUUCAGAAAAAAAUGCUGGAAACUGCUUAUAACUAUUUUGAAGGGGUCAACUGCCAGGUGCUGCUUCAACAGCCCCUCAUUUAUUGCCACUUUGCUAACAGCGGGGACCACCCAUGUUAUAUGCCAGUGAAGGACUGGGAUGUGCUGAGAACAAUUCUUACAGAAACAUUGGACAACUACAAUGAGUUAAAUGCUGCCAUGAAUCUUGUCUUAUUUGAAGAUGCCAUGCAUCAUGUGUGUCGCGUCAGCCGCAUUCUCCGGACCCCACAGGGUCACGCCCUUUUAAUCGGAGUUGGGGGCAGCGGCAAGCAGAGCCUGUCUCGGCUGGCAGCUCACAUCUGCGGCCUUGAGGUCUUUCAGAUUGCUCUGACUGAAAGCUAUGGAAUCCAAGAGCUCCAGGUAGAUCUUGCCCAUUUGUACAUCAGAACCGGAGCCAAAAACAUGCCCUGUGUGUUCCUGUUGACAGAUGCCCACGUUCUACAUGAGAGCUUCCUUGUGCUGAUUAAUGACUUGCUGGCAUCAGGAGAAAUUUCAGAUCUGUUCAGUGAAGAGGAAAUGGAGAAGAUAAUUUCUGGAAUCCGCAAUGAAGUCCGUGGUCUGGGCUUGGUAGACUCCAGGGAGAAUUGCUGGAAAUUCUUUCUGACCAGGGUCCGACUACAGCUCAAAGUCAUUCUGUGCUUCUCUCCAGUGGGUCACACACUCAGAGCGAGAGCCAGAAAAUUUCCAGCCCUUGUGAACUGCACGACUAUUGACUGGUUUCACACAUGGCCGAAGGAGGCUCUGAUUUCAGUCAGCAGGAGGUUCAUUGAAGAAAUUGAAGGGAUUGAGCCCCAGCACAAGGAUUCCAUUAGUGAAUUCAUGGCACACGUUCACACCAGUGUAAAUGAAAUGAGUGCCAGGUAUUACCAGAAUGAGAGAAGAUACAACUACACCACCCCGAAGAGUUUCCUGGAGCAAAUAUCACUGUUUAAACACCUGUUAAAGAAGAAACAACAAGAAGUAACCCAGAAGAGAGAGCAUCUGGCCAAUGGCAUCCAGAAACUAAAAACCACUGCCUUGCAGGUGGCAGAUCUGAAAGCCAGACUUGCCUCUCAAGAGGCUGAGUUGCAGCUGAAAAAUCACGAUGCUGAGGCUCUGAUCGCCAAAAUCGGUCUUCAGACAGAGAAAGUGAGCCGGGAAAAGGCCAUCGCCGAUGCCGAGGAGCGAAAGGUGACUGCCAUUCAGAUUGAAGUGUCCCAGAAACAGAGAGAAUGCGAGGCUGACUUGCUCAAAGCAGAACCUGCGCUGGUGGCUGCCAAAGCUGCACUUAAUACGCUUAACCGGGUGAACCUCACUGAACUGAAAGCCUUCCCCAACCCUCCAAAUGCAGUGACCAAUGUCACUGCAGCUGUGAUGGUCCUUCUGGCUCCCCGGGGCCGAGUGCCCAAAGACCGAAGUUGGAAAGCAGCUAAAAUCUUCAUGGGAAAGGUCGACGAUUUUUUGCAAGCUUUAAUUAACUACGACAAAGAGCACAUUCCAGAGAACUGUCUAAAAGUGGUGAAUGAACAGUAUUUGAAAGACCCGGAGUUCAACCCAAACCUGAUUCGCAGCAAAUCUUUCGCAGCAGCUGGUCUCUGUGCUUGGAUCCUCAACACCGUUAAAUUCUAUGAGGUCUACUGUGAUGUGGAGCCCAAACGCCAGGCAUUAGCCCAAACAAACUUAGAACUGGCUGCAGCCACAGAAAAACUAGAGGCCAUCAGGCGGAAGCUUGUGGAUCUGGAUCAAAACCUGAGCAGACUCACAGUGUCAUUUGAAAAAGCAACAGCUGAAAAAGUCCGGUGCCAAGAGGAGGUGAACCAAACCAAUAAAACCAUUGAACUAGCCAACAGACUUGUCAAGGAACUGGAGUCAGAGAAGAUUCGCUGGGGUCAGUCUAUCAAGUCCUUUGAAACUCAAGAGAAGAUGCUCUGUGGAGAUGUUCUCCUUACAGCUGCAUUUGUGUCGUACGUUGGGCCCUUCACAAAGCAGUAUCGCCAGGAACUGGUAGAUUUCAAGUGGAUCCCGUUUCUUCAACAGACGGUGGCCAUCCCAAUCACAGAAGGCCUGGACUCGAUUGCCAUGUUGACCGAUGACGCUACCAUUGCUGCCUGGAAUAACGCAGGGCUGCCCAGUGACAGAAUGUCCACAGAAAAUGCUGCCAUCCUAACCCACUGCAAGCGCUGGCCCCUGAUGAUAGAUCCUCAGCAACAGGGAAUUAAGUGGAUCAAGAAUAAAUAUGGAACUGACCUGAAAGUCACUCAUUUAGGACAGAAAGGGUUCUUGAAUGCCAUUGAAACAGCUUUGGCCUUUGGUGAUGUCACCUUAAUUGAAAACCUUGAGGAAACAAUAGAUCCAGUACUUGAUCCACUGCUUGGCAGGAACACAAUUAAAAAAGGAAAGUAUAUCAAGAUUGGAGAUAAAGAAUGCGAAUUUAACAAGAACUUCCGCCUGAUCCUUCACACCAAACUGGCAAAUCCUCACUAUAAGCCAGAACUACAAGCGCAGACAACCCUCCUCAAUUUCACAGUCACAGAAGAUGGUCUCGAAGCCCAGCUGCUGGCAGAAGUAGUCAGUAUUGAAAGGCCAGAUUUGGAGAAACUUAAGCUGGUCCUGACAAAACACCAAAAUGACUUUAAGAUAGAGCUGAAGCUCUUAGAAGACGAGCUGCUGCUGCGCCUUUCUGCAGCAGAGGGGAGCUUCCUGGAUGACACUGACCUGGUGGAGAGAUUGGAAACCACCAAGGCCACUGCAGCAGAGAUAGAGCGCCAGGUAAUGGAAGCAAGAGAAAAUGAAAGGAAAAUCAACGAGGCCCGAGAAAGUUACAGACCUGUGGCAGCCAGAGCAUCUCUGCUUUAUUUUGUUAUUAAUGACCUCAGAAAAAUCAACCCCAUCUAUCAGUUCUCUUUGAAGGCUUUCAACACAUUGUUCCACAGAGCAAUAGAGCAGGCUGACAAGGUGGAGGACUCACAGGGACGCAUCUAUGUCCUGAUGGAGAACAUCACCCAUGCCACCUUCCUUUACACCAGCCAGGCACUAUUUGAGAAGGACAAGCUCACCUUUUUGUCCCAGAUGACUUUCCAGAUUUUGUUGAGGAAGAAAGAGAUUGACCCCCUUGAACUGGAUUUCCUGCUUCGAUUCCCAGUUGAACACACUUUCGCAAGUCCUGUUGACUUCUUAACUACUCAGUCAUGGAGUGCUAUCAAGGCAGUGGCCCUUAGGGAAGAAUUUCGGGGCCUAGACCGUGAUGUGGAAGGAUCUGCCAAGCAAUGGAGGAAGUGGGUGGAAUCUGAAUGUCCAGAAAAAGAAAAGUUACCACAAGAAUGGAAGAAGAAAAGUUUAAUACAGAAGCUGAUGAUUUUGAGGGCAGUACGCCCUGACAGGAUGACCUAUGCUCUCAGAAAUUUUGUGGAGGAAAAACUGGGUGCCAGGUAUGUGGAGAGGACAAGAUUGGACUUAGGAAAAGCAUUUGAAGAAAGCAACACAGACAUCCCCAUAUUCUUCAUCCUGUCCCCAGGGGUAGAUGCUCUUAAAGAGCUAGAGACACUUGGCAAAAGACUUGGGUUUACGAUUGAGUCGGGAAAAUUCCACAAUGUGUCUCUAGGACAGGGUCAGGAGAUGGUGGCAGAAACAGCUCUGGAGAAAGCUUCCAAAGGAGGGCACUGGGUCCUCCUCCAGAAUGUCCAUUUGGUAGCCAAGUGGCUGGGAACCUUGGAGAAACUCCUUGAAAAAUUCAGCCAAGGAAGCCACAGGGAUUACAGGGUGUUCAUGAGUGCCGAGCCUGCCCCUGCAACGAACGAGCACAUCAUCCCUCAAGGACUCCUGGAAAAUUCCAUUAAGAUCACCAAUGAACCCCCCACAGGAAUGCUGGCCAACUUGCAUGCUGCUCUGGACAACUUCGACCAGGAUACACUUGAGAUGUGUUCCAAGGAACAGGAAUUUAAAAGCAUCCUCUUUUCUCUGUGCUACUUCCAUGCCUGUGUUGCGGGGAGGCUGAGGUUUGGUCCCCAGGGCUGGAGCCGAAGCUAUCCUUUCAAUACUGGGGACCUUUCCAUCUGUGUCAAUGUCCUGUACAACUACUUAGAGGCAAACCCCAGUGUGCCAUGGGAGGACCUCCGCUACCUCUUUGGUGAGAUCAUGUAUGGUGGCCAUAUCACAGAUGCCUGGGAUCGAAAACUGUGCCGGGUAUAUUUAGAAGAAUUCAUGAAUCCAUCUUUGAUUGAAGAUGAACUCAUGCUGGCACCAGGAUUUGCAGCCCCACCCUACCUAGACUACUCAGGCUACCACCAGUACAUAGAAGAGAUGCUGCCUCCUGAAAGUCCUGCACUGUACGGCCUCCAUCCCAAUGCUGAAAUAGAGUUCCUGACGGUCACCUCCACCACGCUCUUCAGAACUCUGCUGGAGAUGCAACCCAGGAAUGCAGUCAGCAGUGAUGACCUGGGGCAGUCUACAGAAGAAAAGGUUAAGAAUAUUUUGGAUGACAUUUUGGAGAAAAUUCCAGAAGAAUUCAACAUGGCAGACAUAAUGCAAAAAAACUGCAACAGAAGCCCGUAUGUUCUUGUUUGCUUCCAAGAAUGUGAAAGGAUGAAUAUUCUCAUUCGUGAAAUUCGUGUGUCACUUCAACAGUUAGACCUUGGCUUGAAGGGGGAGCUGACAUUAUCUCCUGAUGUGGAAGCCCAGCAGGCUGCAUUGAGUUACAACAGGGUUCCAGACACUUGGAGCAAACUGGCUUACCCAUCUACCUAUGGCCUCGCACAGUGGUUUAAUGACCUCCUCUUGCGCUGCCGAGAACUUGACACUUGGACACAAGACCUUGCCCUCCCAGCUGUAGUGUGGCUUUCUGGCUUCUUCAACCCUCAGUCCUUCUUAACAGCGAUCAUGCAAACCAUGGCUCGAAAAAAUGAGUGGCCCCUGGACAGAAUGUGCCUAACUGUUGAUGUGACCAAAAAAACGAAGGAAGAUUACGGCCACCCCCCAAGGGAAGGCGCAUACCUCCACGGGCUCUUCAUGGAAGGUGCCAGAUGGGACACCCAGGCAGGAACCAUCGUUGAAGCCCGCCUCAAGGAGUUAAGGUCUACGAUGCCAGUCAUCUUUGCCAAAGCCAUACCCAUGGAGAGACAAGAAACCAGACAUACCUACGAAUGCCCUGUGUACAAAACCAAAAUGAGAGGCUCCACCUACAUCUGGACUUUCAGACUGAAGAGCAAAGAGAAAGCUGCUAAAUGGGUACUGGCAGGCGUGGCUCUGUUGCUUGAAGCGUGA